AACAAAAAAAGCUCCCGUGGAAAGACACGACGCGCCCGCUGAUACGCUGCUGGUCCAGUUAGUGGGCCUGGACUGGAAACAUCCUCCAUCCAUCCACGACUGCAAAACCAGCAGCUCUCACAUCACACACAGUUAUCUCAGCGAGCUCCCAUUCACGAUGACUACGAAAAGCCGAAACAAGAACAGCUCGAGCGAGAAGAGCGCCGCAUCCAGCCAAGAUGAUGCGUUGAAGAAAAGCCAAAAGAGCACCAGUAACGGGCUGAGUGACCCCGGACCUCAGGGGCCACGAUCGGGCAGCUGCCUCGGUCUACUUGCGACCACUGUUUUUUAUAUCGCGUUAAUAGGUGCAGCAGGGUUUGCUGCUUUUUAUUUCCAGCAAGUUGUGGAGGAAAUGCGACAGACAAACGCCAGGCACGAGGAGAGCGCACGGCAAAACGCGGAGCUGAGCGGAAAAAUGGAGAGUGUCCUUCAACAGGUGGAGUCUUUGAGUAGUGUUGUGGACGGGCUGGAGUCAUCGCUAGGGGUUACAAGGGUGGAGAUGGAGGGGGCCAUCAGCCGAAUGAAGCGGGGCGAGGUGGAGACGAGGAGGGUGGAGGAGGCCCUACAGAGGCUCCAGAAUGAUCUACUUAGGGACCUUUCAGAGGGCAUCAAGGAGGUAAAGGAGGCCCGAGAGAGGGACUUUUCUUCUCUGGAGACGACUGUGGAGGAGCGCCUGGCUGAAGUGAGUCAGUCCAUCACAGCCAGCGUGGCCGAGUUCACCGAAGCUCAGGGCGAAACGCAGAGCCAGCUGGCUGAUGUCAAGGCCCGCCUGGGGGACAUGGCAGAGCCUACGCUCCUCAAACAGGAGCUCUCUGCCAUUGUGGAUGUUGUGGCUGAAAUGAAAACAGCCAAAGAAGAAGCUGAUGGCUCAGCGGAUUCCUUCAGGGAGCAGGUAGGUGCGGUGAGGUCAGAGCUCCACACCCGUAACCAGGAAGUAGUCUCGCUGUCCCAGGAAGUUGAAACAGUGAGGUUAGUCUUGCAAGAGGCUAUUGGAAAUCUGAGGCAGUCCCUGUCUGAAGCAGAGGCCGAUGUCAAGGCUCUGAAGGACACAAGCAUGACACUGGAGAGCGGCGUGGAGCAGGCCGCCAAUGCUGCUGGUCACGCGGAGGAGGUGGUCAACGCAGCGGUCGCUCAAUUCCAAAAAAGAACAGACGACCUGGAAGCCAGAGUUAAAACAUCGGAGGAGAGCGGAGAUUCACUGUCAGCAUCAGUAUCAGACAUCACCUCCAAAAUUGAAUCUCUAUUCGCCAAAUACGACACCCAUGAAAGCACUCUGACCGCACAGGGGCAGGCCGUGGAGAAUGUCAAAACUGACGUGGAGCAGAAGAUGGAGGAACUGAAAAGCAGUUUUAGGGAGCUUGAGUCCAACAUGGCUGCUCUGGGCGGUGCCCAGACCGAGCUACUGCCCAAGGACUCCAGCCUGGAUGAGCAGGUGGUGGACUUGGAGAAUAGGCUCACUGCUCUGGAGGACAGCAGCAGCAGCAUGAAGCCAGAGCAGCUACAGAGCUUAAGAAGCAUGGUAGAUGGCUUGGAAAGCAAAGCAGCCAAGCUAGAAGGCCACGAUCAGGCUAUUUCCGCUCUUCAGAAAGCUCUGCAGGAGACUACACAGACACUGGCGGGUUUAUCUCUUGACAAGAAGGAAAUGAAGGGAGUUUGAGUUAGCAAUGUCACAUCAGGACACCCAAACAGAUUCCCAAAGGGUGACCGUAACCCACUUACUGUUUUCGUGCUGCUGAUCUGUGAAUUCCAAUCCACAUUCAUUCUGCACUGUAGUUAUUUUUGUCCCAAAUGUUUUGUUUAAAUUUCUGUGCCAAGGCGGUUUCCUUUUAUAAAAAACAAACACGCUAAUGCAAUAAUACGCUCUUUUGGAGCACUUCUUUGUUUACACACUAGUAUGUGUUUUUUACAAGAAUAAAACUCUUCGUGGUGUAAACUAUGAUGUGUUGUUUACAUGGGUAAUACAGUGAUUGUAUUGGGUGGAAGUGAACCUUGAUAGGUGUGAAGGGCUGCUUUAAUCAAUUAGGAAUUCCAUCUUGAUUAAGUAUUUCAUGUUUCUUUGAGUUGAACAAACAAUCCUCUCACAUAAAGCACAAUUUAUUAAGCAGCACCACAUUAUUUAAAACCUGUAACAAAGCAUGUUAUCCAUGUAAAACUUUAAUAUGGCUGGGUUGGCUCAGUUAGUAGAGCAGGCGCACACAUUUACAUAGAGGUCUAGGCCUCCAUGCAGAGGUCCGGGGUUUGAGUCCAACCUGUGACGAUUUCCUGCAUGUCGUCCCCCUUUCUCACCUAGCUGUCCUGUCUAUUAAAAAGGUGGAAAAGCCCCCCCAAAAUACAAAAAAUAAAUAAAAUAAUACCUUU